CGUAGCGUAGUGACGCAGGCCAGCUCCACGCACACUCACCAGUAGCACAACAAUACGCUUUCGCCGCUCCCCCUCUCUUCGCCUCGCUCUCGGUAUGGCGGACGGCGAGCGGUCCCCUUUGCUUUCGGAUCUUGGUGAUGGAGCACUUGGCACCGGUAACGGUGGACUGUCUCCCGGAGCGGCUCCACACGGCGCGCCGAACAAACCACAGAGUUUUCCACCGUUUCCAAACUCGACUCAGCCUCCUGUGCUAUUGGGUGAGAAUCCUCCACCAUAUUCCCCCCUGACGUCUCCAGAGAGUGGCAGUGCCCCGGUCAUCAGCUGUAGGGUGUGCCAGUCACUUAUCAGUGUUGAGGGCAAAAUCCACCAACAUGUGGUCAAGUGUGGAGUCUGCAAUGAAGCAACACCUAUAAAGAAUGCUCCUGCAGGGAAGAAAUAUGUGCGAUGCCCCUGUAACUGCCUGCUCAUCUGCAAGGUCACAUCCCAAAGGAUCGCCUGCCCACGUCCCUACUGUAAGAGGAUCAUAAACUUGGGGCCAGUCCACCCAGGCCCAGCCAGUCCAGAACCACAACCAGCUGGAGCUAGAGUUUCCUGUGGACAUUGCAGCAACACUUUCUUGUGGACGGAAUUUACUGACAGGACAUUGGCAAGAUGCCCUCAUUGCAGAAAAGUGUCUUCAAUUGGCCAAAGAUACCCAAGGAGGCGGAGUCUGUGGUGUUACCUGCUGUGCUUGCUGUUUAGCAUUUCAGCCGCCGGACUGAUUGCAGGGACAUGGUCCCAGGCACGGGUGUACGGAGGUAUUUAUGCCUCGUGGGCGGCAGUGCUGUUGCUGGUGGUGUUGACGCUGGCCAGGGCGCUUUAUUGGAGCUGCAUGCGGGUCAGCCAACCUCUCCACAACCUCACAUAGAGAGAGCAAGAGACAAGAGAGGCUGCUGGAGGAGAGAUGAGGGGUGGUGGGUGAAUUAAAGGCCACGUCAAAAGAGAGAGGGAGAAAAAGUCAACUCUUGAAGGCAGUAAUGAAGAGUAAAAGUCAAAUCCAGGGUCGAGAAACGUGAUAAAAGCUUCUCUGGCAUUUUAAAGUUAUUUUUAUUCUGGUUUUCUCUGGAUGUCUUGUAUCAUCCAUGAAUAUGAACUGACUUGUUGCUCAUGCUUACAUUACCGCAGCUGAUUCCAAAUGCUCCCUUUACACCCACACACACAUACAGACACACCCAACACAAUCUGUUUGUCUUAAACGAAGUACACUACAAUACAAGCAUGCAUGCACACUGACACACAUGUUCUCAGACGUAGAAACCUUGAGACGAAAUUGAGCCUCACACACUGUACUUGAGCAUUUAAAAGCCUUACCGAAAAAAGACACGACAGGUUGAACUCCACUAGAUGGCGCCAUUUCAAACUUCCUCCACGAUUUUACAUACUGUCACAUUCUGCAAGGCUGCCCAUGCGUUCUAAAAAUGUGGAUCUACAGAGAAGAAAUUUCUAAAACUGGAUUUUCAUAAACACAAAUCUAAAGUGUAUGCCCAAACACACACUCUCUUCCCCUCCAUGUCUUUAGUUGUGAAUGUUAAAACAGUAUUUUUUUAUAAUUGUGGCUUUGGUUUGUAAAUAUUUGUUGUUUAUUUCAUGAAUGACUGAACAGUUGCACUGUAGCUCUAACACCUAUUUUUAUGUCUUAUUUAAUUAGAAAAUCACUACUGAAAAAUCACAUUGGCUGACAAUGAACAGGAAAAUAUCAACACAACAUGUGAAUUUCAACUUCAGAGGGCUCUCAUUUAUGUUCCUUUGAAGGCAAAGGGGUCAUUUACCUUCCUUCUCAUGUUUAUCCAAAAUUUAGAUCUGUGAGGUUGAUGAUUAUAUUAAUGAGAUUAAUCUGCCGAUAGCUUUGGAUUCUAAACUCCAAAAUCCACUUUCUCUCAGAAUUCUGAGUCUGUGUAGAUUUGUGCUCGGUUGUCCGUAUGCAUCUAAAGAGACUUUCAAAGAUUGUGCUAAUCUUGCCAUUACUGAUCACCUGUGUUCAGUUUACAUUUUAUUCAAGAAAUAUGAAUAAUCGUAAUUGUGCUGGAAUUGAGUAAAAAAGAGAACAAUUGCAAAACAGGACUCGAGAACCAGAUUCUUUGUUCUGCCCGUGAGAGAAAUGUAAGGUUUGGAUGUCUGCAAUCUAAACAAGAGGUCAAGAUGUUAUUUAUAAAAAGCAGAAGGCCGGUGAUAAAGGUCUCUGAAUUUGUUUACAAGUGAGAUUAUGAUGUAAAUGAUGAUGAUGAUGAAGCUAUAAAAGAGUGAAAACAUUAUGACUUGUUUCAUUCACAUGAAUGUUUGGGUCAUCGCAUCCACUCUGCUCUACGCGAUAGUUAUUUUGGCACUUUCCACUCAAAGUCUCUGGCCAU